AUGCAGAGCUGGAAACCAGGCCUUCGCGAGGAGAGCAACCUCCAGAGCCAACACGGGGCAGCCCGGGACCCGCCCACAGCCCGGCGCCAAGGCCCCAGCUCCACCCACACCGCCUUCCAACUUCUCGCGUUAGUUGGACGUCAUCCGAGAGCGACAGGGGCCGGGCAGUCCCGCGGCCUGUGUCGCGCCGAGCUUAGCUGGUCUGUGCUGUGCUGUCUCACUCGUGAGGCCAAGAGGCCGACGGGUCCUCCUCUCCGUGGAACCUUCAGCUUCCGGCUUCCCGCCGCCAUGGAGUACCUCAUUGGCAUCCAGGGUCCCGACUAUGUCCUUGUCGCCUCCGACCGGGUGGCUGCCAGCAAUAUUGUCCAAAUGAAGGACGAUCAUGACAAGAUGUUUAAGAUGAGUGAAAAAAUCUUACUCCUAUGUGUUGGACAGGCUGGAGACACUGUGCAGUUUGCAGAAUACAUUCAGAAAAAUGUGCAGCUUUAUAAAAUGAGAAAUGGAUAUGAAUUAUCUCCUACAGCGGCAGCUAAUUUCACACGUCGAAAUCUGGCUGACUAUCUCCGGAGUCGGGUAAGCAAUAUAUCUAUCAGUCUUAGAUAUGAGCAGAAAGAAUUGGUAACUGACUUCCACAAUAUGAGUGAGAAAGUUAUGUUCAUGUCAAUAAAACCUCCAGAAGGCUGCAUUUUCACUGAGGCUCACUGA